CACAAUGUGGAAUGCCAGUUAUCAUUUUGUUCUUUCGUUUCAAACUGGUCACCGCUAUCAUAUGACUGUCACUGCGCAGAUUGAUAGAAUAUGCACUGUGUUUGAAUGGUCUGGGUUUCGUCUUGUUGUGUUGUCGGCAAUUUCUUGUGAAAUUGUGCUAGGGAAAAUCAGUUAAACAUGGGCACAACAGCCAUUUUGUGGUGUUUUCUUGUGUUCUUGGUGGUAUUUGGAAUUGAGCCAGGAAUGACUCAGAAACCAGCUGAGGGAAAGAAAUCAAAAGCCAAUAAUUUUUCGGACCAGACAUGCCCUUGCUCCUGUAGUAAUGGUCAAAAUGGACACAACGGGACCCCCGGAAGGGACGGAAGAGACGGUAAAGAUGGCAAAGAUGGUGCUAAGGGCCAGCGUGGACCACAGGGUUAUGCUGGGAAAGCGGGGCAAAAGGGAGAACCUGGUCCACCGGGACAGACACCACAAGGUGCUAUCAAAUUUAGCGACACCGCUGACAAGUGCACAUUGAGUACCGCUGGAACUGUUCGUUACAGCAGUUCCCAGAAUUCAUUGCUACUCUGUGAUGGCAGUGCUUGGUUACCGGUGUUGACUGCUGGGAAGGGUCACGUGGCUUAUAGCCCAGGCCGUCACUGUCUGGAUAUUUUAACUUUAGGUCAGAGUCGUGGAAGUGGACUGUACUGGAUCGAUCCAAACGGUGGGUCAACAGAUGACUCGUUCCAAGCUUUUUGCGACAUGGAAACUGAGAGCGGAGGUUGGACCCUAGUCGCUACAAAGGUGUCUCCAGGGUUCCCCUUCAUCAAAACUACAUUUUCCGCAAUGGCUGCGCAAACUAAAUACGCAGAUGCCGCGAGUCAUAUCCAUCCCGACAUAGGGGACUGGGAAGAAGUUAUGUUCCGGUUUGCUGACGUCAACACUAUCCGGGUUAUUUACAACAGGAAAGCAGGCGCACCACAAAAUGAGAAGAAAGAGUUCGAAGAUUUCCUAAUGGGGAAAUCGUCCCAGUUGGAAAAGAACGUGUAUGGAUUUUAUAAGUACGACCCUAUAAACAAUAACGGCAGGAGUCCCAGUGAAGGUUUUGUCACAAUAACUAAACUGCACUUCUAUUCAAACAACCAGGGGAUUUCGGAGGCGCACACGGGCACUGAUAAGUGGAUUGACAUGUGGAAUAGUGCUGAGAGUUCAAACAAUUACGUCACUUCUGACGACAACAAAGCGGUUGGUACCAAGUGUAUCGCAGGCUACUGUUAUCUUAACAAACCUAUCUGGGUGAUGGUGCGAUAGAAACAAACUUAAGUUGGAGACUUAGCUUAGUGGAAACUCUGUCGACUUAAUUAAUUAAGGUUUAGAUAAUAGAACCAAAUUAUUUGCGAUUGCUACUAAGAUUCUGUACCGGUCCGAACAAAGGAAAGAGCUUUUGAAACAUACAAUCCUAUGACAAUUAUUAUUACCAUGUCGGAGCUUCAAGUUAUGUUAAGAAGUAGGUUUUUUUUAUUUCAGAACUAACUAUGUAACAAUUUCUACCAAGAUUUUUCGGUGGGAUGAAACACCAGCCGGAGAUCCGUUUUUUGUCGCAAGGGAACGCGUCCGAGGAACCGCAUCUUUUACUGUUACUGUCAAGAAUCGUCCUAGACUAGACUUCUCCCAAUGUUAAUACUUGUGAUCUGCGACUUUGUUUAAUUACAGUACAAAGAAAACUGUAAGACACUAAUUCUCAAAAAUAAUUUUAAUGUGCGUAAUAUCCAUGACGCUGAUGCGUACAUUUGAAAAGUAGCGUUUCCGUCGCUGUAAACAAAAAACUGAUCACUCUCGACAAUGAUAUCAAACAUAACUCACGCUAUGAACCAGUCAGAAACCGAAGCAUAAACACGCAACCAGGGGCAAGCGCGGGAAAACGCCGCCUCAGCCAAUUCCUAACUGGCUGGAAAACUACGCCUUUGUUUCUGAUUGGUUGGAGUAUGUUGCAUGUGUCUUUUUUUUGAACCAGUUUCAAAGAUGACAACAAAUAUAAAACCAAAGCCAAAACCAAAACAUAACUACUUUAUGUACGGUUGCCACGGAGGCAAUGAUAUGUCACACUAAAGCCGAUUAGAGGCUUUCACUCGAACAUUGAAAUAAUUUAACUCAGCGCGGGGACUUCCCGUCUCCCAAUCAGAAUGGGUUAAUGCAUGUGAAUAGUGCGAAUAUACAAACAAUAUGAUUUGGUUCAAGCAACCUAAGCACAUAAUUAAGAGAACACCAAUGCUUUAAUUUUCCCUGAAGUCUGCACUUCCAAUGAUGUCUGCUUCUUCUCUGACACUAGUACUCUCUGUUGGCAUCUGUCUUUUCUCUUCAAAGAGAACACAGUAACAUAGCUGUUUCAAUUGACAUGUUUUACUGGAUGGAGUACACUAGGAUCAUCUUUGUCACCCUUACCGACACGAGAGGAAAUCUGGGGCGAGUGGCAGCUCGCAGUCUCUUUUGGUACCGUUUUCUUGGGACAACGCAGUGAAGAGUCAUAUCGUCUCCAGAACCGGUCCCAGAAGGAGCCUCGAGUUGAAACUCAGCCCAGAUUUCUUCUCGCUUUAAAAGUGGCGAAUGCGACGGGUGGUGGCUUGUAAAGAACAGGCGACAGUUCAGAAGUUUUCAGAAGUUAGGGCACCCAACACUUCGGGUUUUCUAUUGAUUUACUUAACAAUUAAAGAAGUUUGAACCAUGUAUUAUACUGUCAUAAGACACGGCCGAAAUAUUUAUAAGUGUUCUCAAAUUCCUGCAGUGCUUUAUGGCAAUAUAAUACAUGGUUCACAUUUCUUUGAAUGAUUAAGAUUUAAAGCGCGUGAAAAAAUUAAACACGCUUCUGCUUA